UGUGACCAACUGUGUUUCAGUUCCACAUUUUAACAGCACUUUCUGGAGUCACAAGAUCUGGCAGAAUGACAUGUAAAACCUGAAACAGACAACACAAUAAACUCUACAGCAACACUGCCAGAAAUAAGAUGGAUAGUCAUCCAAAACCUUCUAUACAUGUUUUCAUCUGGUUAUCCAGCACUUUGCCUGCAAACUGAAAGUAAGCUUCAUUAACUUUGAUUAUCACAGUUUUAAUUAUUAAAUGCUUGGUAAAGUCGUCUUGACAGGCUAAAUAAAGACUGCUGUUCAUAUUGUCGACCUCUUGUCUUGUUCUGCAUCACUGAUUAAAAGUCGUGUGAUGCAAACAUCCCGGUGAAUGAAGCUGCUGCUGUUUGACAGAAGAUGGGCGUUGCCUGUCAAAUCAAAUUCCCAACCCUUUCCCUGACACGCCUCCAGAACAAAAGCACUUCUUCCUCUCAAGCAAACUUGGGAAAUUCUUCAUUAAGGAGGGUCAAAACCACAGGGUCCCACAUACUCUGUUUUCAUUGGAUAAAUCCUUUGCCUGUCAGCUACAUCCCGAGUGACGUCAGCAGCAGCAGUAGCGCCACACCGGGGCUCUGGAGUGGGUGACGAGGAGCGACCAGAAUCACCAGGAAAAAUUAAAAGGAGCCACAAAAUGCACGGACAAGAAGUGUCCGUUUAAUUGUCUGAAGUCUGUUUUCCAAUCUUGAGGUGUUUCCGUCACCGAGGUCCAUCAGGAAAGCUUGAGGUUGAAGCCAUGACGGCUGUCUGUCAGUCCAGGCUGUGUGGUUUUUAGGGAUGGCUUCCUUAGCUAGCCUACCCAGCUAACAGUAACAGUUAGCCUGCCCUGCUCACUGGGUUCCAGUGUGGAAGAGAUAGCAACAGCUCUGAGCUCAUACUCUCAUUUGGAUUAUCCCCAGUCGUGUUGUUCUCCGAGGACCAUGAGACAGCGAGCCAGGCAGUCUGGAUGAUCAGUUUGACGGCGGUUACUUGUCACAGCUCGGGCGUAUCUUCCAGGGAAGGCUUUUCUGGGCGGCUAGGCUCGCUCUCGGCCAGGCGACCAGUAGAUUGGAUCGUAUAGAUGUGGCCGUGGAAGCCUGUUGUGUUCCGUCUCUAGGACUGAAGUUGGAAGUUUUUCUUUAUAUUUUUCCACAAGGAAAUGUCUUAAAAGUUCGUAGAAAAUCGUUAACAUUGACGAAUUUAUUUACUCGUUUAGCACGGCAGCAGCUAGCUAAUUUUACAGGCUAGCCUCCCAAGUUAACGCAUCCAAACUAAAACCAGCUCAGUUUAGGGGAUGCAUCAAAUUAGAGGAGUUAUUUGCACUUCUGGAGCCAUCUAAUGCGAACACGUUGCACUGCAGAUUUUCUGUGAUCCGUUCACUGCCCUCGUAGUAUUUAUUUAUUUUUUUAACCGAGGCAAAGCUGUCAAAUAUUAAACAUUUGACAGCAAUACUAACCCCAGCAGAGGAGGCCAGAAUCUGCACCAAGGAGCAAGACUGUCACAAACUUUAAAGUGGACUCCUGCACUCUGAUACUCUUUGUGGUGGUGUGGCCCGGCACUCCUUGUAAGACGGGCUUUUUCCCCCAGCUCAUGCGGUGAUGACUUUGGAGCCCAUGAUGGCUUGUUGCCUGAGUGAGGAGGCGAAGGAGUCCAAGCGAAUCAACGCUGAGAUCGAGAAGCAACUCCGGCGAGAUAAGAGAGACUCACGAAGGGAGCUGAAGCUGCUGCUCUUAGGGACAGGAGAAAGUGGCAAGAGCACUUUCAUCAAACAGAUGAGGAUAAUCCACGGAACGGGUUACACGGAUGAAGAUAAAAAGAGCUACACCAAACUGGUCUAUCAGAACAUCUUCACCUCCAUGCAGGCCAUGAUCCGUGCAACUGAGACCCUCAAGAUCCCCUUGAAGUAUGAAGAGAACAAGAAUAAUUCCCUGCUGGUGCGGGAAGUGGACGUGGAAAAGGUGUCGACAUUUGAAGAGCCGUACAUCAGUGCGAUAAAGAGGCUUUGGGACGACCCCGGGAUCCAGGAGGCCUAUGAUCGCAGGAGAGAGUACCAGCUCUCUGACUCAACCAAAUACUAUUUAAGUGAUCUGGAUCGUAUUUCUGAAGCAUCCUAUCUACCAACCCAACAGGACGUUCUUAGGGUUCGUGUCCCUACCACUGGGAUCAUAGAGUACCCUUUCGACUUGCAAAGCAUCAUUUUCAGGAUGGUGGACGUCGGGGGUCAGAGGUCAGAGAGGAGGAAGUGGAUCCACUGCUUUGAGAACGUCACCUCUAUCAUGUUUCUGGUGGCACUCAGCGAGUACGACCAGGUUCUGGUGGAGUCUGACAAUGAGAACCGUAUGGAGGAGAGUAAAGCCCUGUUCAGGACCAUCAUCACAUAUCCCUGGUUCCAAAACUCCUCUGUCAUCCUGUUCCUCAACAAGAAGGACCUGCUGGAGGAGAAGAUCAUGUACUCUCACCUGGUCGACUAUUUUCCAGAGUUUGAUGGUCCGCAGCGGGACGGUCAGGCAGGUCGGGAGUUCAUCCUGAAGAUGUUUGUGGACUUGAACCCUGAGAGUGACAAGAUAAUCUACUCACAUUUCACGUGUGCCACCGACACGGAGAACAUCCGCUUCGUCUUCGCGGCCGUCAAAGACACCAUCCUGCAGCUCAACCUUAAAGAGUACAACUUGGUGUGAACUGAGGAUCCGCAGGCGAGACACGAGCCUCUUCAGACACACCUGGUGCAGGAGUUACCCUCCAGAGACGCGCAUCUGCAUGAAACACACUACUGCACAAAGAGACGAGCAUUGCUUCAUUCUUUACCAGACCAAUGCUAUCCUUUUUUUUUUUUUUUUUUUUUUGCUCCUUCCCCCCAUGCAAGUGUUGGGUCUGUUGCCAUUUUAAAGAAAGGAUUUUUCUGUUUUGUGGUUUUUACUAACCGCUGGUCUUGCACAGUCACAGAUGAAACACAUUUAAACAGAACGCUUACUUGUCCUCUUUGUGGAUGCCUCCGACAUGCCUCUCGGCCCUCCGUUUGGCUCACUUUUUUUCUAUGCUACAUUAUCAUUGGUUUUUGUAGUGGAGGUAGAUGGGGGGGCCUUCUCUGGGUAGAACAAGCCUUUGUGGACAAAGGGCUCUCUCAUGCAUGCUAUACACUAGAGUGUGAGUUCAUGACACCAGGCUGCAGAUUACUGGACUCUGCUCAUCUGCAAAGGCUAACUAAUUUUGAAAUUUUGCAACAAGGCGAUGCUGAGGUGCAGUCAGGUACUUAGUUCCCUGGAACUUAAAUUGUUUGUAUUUUUCUUUUCAAUCAGCCUGAUCUCCACCAGAGCAGAUGAGCUCUAUUCAAUGUAAAUAAGGUUUUGAUGCUGCUCACCCAGAGUGAGGGGCUUUUACAGAGAUGACUAAAUGUUUUCUUUACUUCAGACAUACUCCGAAACGCUACCUUCACGGGCCCAUUAUUUCUGCCAUUAGUUGUCUGCCAAAAUGAAAUUGGAGGACCACUCAAAGAAGUGCAAAGGAAAAACUUAUUCCUCUUUAAUUAUUUCUCAAUUUUACAAAUGAUCAAACAGUGAUAACACUAGUAGUAUUUGUUACUGUAGGUGGAGUUACUUCCAUGCCAAAUUCAAACUAGCUGCCGGUCGAUUAUUAUUAUUUUUCUCUUUAAAUAUAGAUAUAUCACCAGUAUCAUGUCCAUUGUUAAAAUUUUAAAUACUGAGAAAAGAAAUUUAGUAUCUGAUGUUAAAAUUAAUUACAACUGUUUUCACGUUAGAUACCCAUUUUUCCUCUGUGGUAUUUUUAAAUGUCUAAAAAUUCUGAUUUGGUCAUGUAAUAGUACUGCUAUAUAUAUUUAAAAUACAGUUGGUUAUUCCAGAUCACUACAAUGGUAAGAGAUCAGUGGACUACAGCUUUUAGGCUCCUGGUUUAAGCUUUCGUUGGUCCUGAACAUUCAUAGGGCUAUUUCUUUUGCCGUUGGCGACAUCAGACAUGCGGUGAUCAAAUAGGGUCUUUUUCUAUUUAUCGCAGGUCUGUUGAUUCAGUAUUUCAAACCUUAUUUCAGCGCAGUCUUUUUUCCACCUUUGCUAAUGGGAGAAAGUUUUAUACUGCUGUAAAAUAUUCAAUUGUUCUGUCUUUCUAAUGAAAUGUCAUAUGUUUAGUUUUUGCGGGUCAGAUUUUGAUGUAAUUGCUGAUUGGGGGGGCAUUUUUUCAAUGUCAGGUUUGUGCUUUAUGCAACUCAAAACAGACAAAAAAAGAAAACUUGAUGGAUAAAUAUUUACUGUUUAAAGAUCCUUGCAAACUUUUGGGAAAUUUUCUAAGGAUAUGCAUCAGCUAUUGGUACAAAUCCCAUAUCGUGCGUCUUGUCGGGUAGCUGUUUUAAAUACUUCUCUAAGAUGAGUGAUUGCUAAUUUUGUCUUCACGAUGUAAUUCAGGUGAGUUUUCAUAACUUUUUCAUCACAAGGGCUACUCCUAGCAGAAUUGGUUAAGUCCAAAUGACUCUAUAGAGGACAAAGAGCUAAAGGUGCAAUUGAUGACUAGAAUGGGUCGAGGAUUUUAGGCAGCUGAAUUGAGUUGGAUGUUUCUGUUUAUGAUGUCUGCUGCAAAUUCAGGGAGGUCAAUGGAGGAAUGGUGAUGCCUCUGCAGGAAGUCUGGCCACAGUCCAGUUUUCUUUUUGACUUUAGAUGAAAAGGAAAGAGGAGUUUCCUCUAGGUCCAUUCGGCGCCCUAGCUAUUGGACUGUAUUGUCCAGUAAUUCUGAUGGACUCUGUUCGACCUUCAUAAUUUUCCAUUAAAUGUGCAUUUGCCUCUAAAUCUGCAGUGUUUCCAUGUUGGACUUUGGCAUCGACCCCUUUGAUGGAAGGUCCAAGACAAAUUGAUCUUCAUAUGAAUGUUAAAACAAUACUAAAACAUGUAGAGUCUUAUAAAAUAACAGUUGUCAAGAUUUUCUGUAAGUCUUUAUUAUUGAGAAGUUGGAACCUUUACGAUGUAUUGCAAGUAUCGACUUGCUAACAUAGCUGUGCGUUUCGUUUUCAUUUUAACCAUUUGUGUUGUGAACUAGUCAACAAGAGGGAUGGAUAUUUCCAGGUUCCUACACAGUCUUGAAGAGAGUGGAAUUUGACUUAAUCAUUUUUCCAAGUUUGGAAACCACGGAAAAAGAAAAUAGGUUACACAGUAAAAAAUGUUCACAGUUCAAGGCCAGUUCUUAUUCAAUCACCUUAAAGGAAAAACAAAUCAGAAUUUCUGAUAAAUGAAGUGCUUUUUAAUGUCAAUGUCAAGUUUAAGGUUUAUAUUAUAGCACAUUUAAGAAAAUGGCUUGAAGAUUAGUAACUGUAGCUUGAGAGUAGAGUUAAAAACAAAUUAACUUGAUGAAACAGAUUUUGAUCUAUUUUGCCAUAGUAUUGUUGAUGAUUUAAAUGAACAGCAUAGAGUAAAUGGCGUGUACUGGAACGGUAUAAAACCUGCGGGAAAAAUCUAGGAAUUUUAGACCAGAGGUAGGAACUUUGAAAUGGAAAACCCUGAGUGCCACAUAUGUUUUCCUCUUAUGGUGAAUGUUUCAGAGGUACAAGUUGUUUAUUUGGCUCCAGAUAUUUCAUGCAUGAUGCUCGAGCCAAAAGCGAAAUGAUUUGGUGUAUAUUAUUCUUUUCAUACUCACAAGUUAGUUUUAUGGAUAAUCUUUAACAUACAUGGUUACCUGGCAGGCCUUUGCAGUGUUUAGGAAAACGAUACAUGCUGCGUUAUGUGGAUGACACAAUGAUUUUAGUGUUUGUAAACUCUCCGUCUUUCAGGAAGCACUCUGCUCUCCCACAUUGCAGCGAACUAUCUUAAAGCUGUGUGUGUGGUUUAUCCUCCUCCAUUUCAUCAGUUUUCAUCAUGCAGAAAACGUAGCCUGUGAAAUUUCGAACUAGACUUAAAAAGGGGGCAACAGUGAUAGUAGCAUGGCUAUACUAUAGUGAUCAGAGCUACCAGAUGAGCUGGGUCACUCAUUUUAAAUCCUUCUGCAUCGCUACUUUAUUUGCUUUAUUCUACUUGUGAAACAACUUUCAAAGUGGCUGGGUCGACAAUCCAGUACAAAAGACUGCCAAAAACAAUCAAAAGAUAUCAAACAUGUUUAGAAAGGAGAAGCCUCAGUAUUAGUCCUUUUUAUGGAAGUGCUUACCAAGUAAAGGUACUGGAACAGAGAAGUAAAGAAGUGGACGAUUCUGCUGAGUGUUUACAUCCAGUUUUUCCCACCUUCUUUUUCAUUUGAUUGAACAGUGGACUUGGUGGGCUGCCCACAUUGAAACUGCAACACUGCAAUGGGCUUGCAUUUGUUAUGUAGAUGUCCAUUGAAAAAUUGUUGGUACUAUGAGAUAUGUGUGUGUAUACACAAUUGCUUAAGCUUGAGCUCCAUCCUGGUCAGAGGAAUGGAAGCACAAUGAUUAUUUUUUAUUAAAAGCUCUCUUUGCUUCUUGUUCGGUUUUCUUUUAUAAGGUUUACACACCUUAACAUGUGGACCACUUUAAUGACUUUUUCUUUGUUGUUAAACCAACAGUUAAGUUUGUGUAGUGGUGUAUAAAUUGAAAGUAAUGCUUUUUUUUUCUCAAGUAUACCAAAUGUAAAUUCUGUACAAUGUGUGCCAAUCCCCUUUCUUUGUAAAGCCAGACUCCUAACAAGUGCCGAUGUUGUGAAAAAUCAGAGGGCCUGUAUAGUUCCACGGCCUACUUUUUAAAGCAAACAGUAAGUAUAUGAUUAAUUAACAAGAAAAAAAAUACACUAUUAUAUAUUUAAGAUUAAUGAUGAACUGCUGUUUUUAAGAUAAGUGUCAAUUGAUUUGCAUGUGUUUUUGUCAGGUUGGGGGAGGAUUUAGGUAGGUGAGAAACUGUUCAUGCAUCACUGGUGAGAGAAGGGUGAAAAUGGUUCUUAAUUUACAGUAUUUUAGCCAUAUUUCUCUUUUUGUAUGUUUCUUUUCAACCAUUGUUGCCUGAACCUCAUUCAAACAUGAAAAAUGAUGAUUUUUACAUUUUGUUUUCCUUUUAAUUGUGUUCAAUUGGAAUAAACUAUGUUCCUAUACUCUC